AUGGGUGCAGGAACACUGGCGGAUAUAUUCGAACCAAAAGAAAGAGGUCGGGCAUUUGCGCUUUAUACCUGUGGCCCGCUCCUAGGCCCUGCCAUUGGUCCCAUUGUAGGUGGUUACCUGAAUGAAGGUUUGGGUUGGCAAAGUAACUUUUGGCUUGUGGCUAUUUUUGGUUUCAUGAUCUGGUUGGCGAUUUUGCUCUUCUUGCCCGAAACUUGGCGUGCUGCACCUGCUUUACCAACGACUUCCGUAGUUGAACAAACCAAAAAGAAAAGUCCAAGAUGGCAUGUCAAUCCACUAUCCGCGCUCAAAUUGUUCCGUUAUUUGAAUAUUUCUCUCACGGUGCUCUUCAUCAGCAUGUUCUUGGUAUUUUACUUGGUCAAUACAUUGUUUACACGGACUUAUACCAUACAAUAUGGGAUGGAUUCUGGGACGGUGGGACUGUGCUAUCUCCCAAUGGCCGCCGGUGCUAUGUCCGGUAGUAAUAUUGGCGGUCGUAUAUCCGAUCGCGUGUAUAACCGACGUGUAAAGCAAGCCAAUGGUGAAGCUGUUCCUGAGAUGCGUAUCAGUUUUGUCAUUAUCGGUAUCUGUCUGUUCAUUCAAAUGGCCGCAUUCACAGCUUAUGGAUGGUGUGUUCAGAAAAAUGUUCAUUUCGCUUAUGGCCUCGUUUGUCUAUUUUUCGUGGCUUUGGGUCUUAUGGUUCCCUUGGUAACGGUGUCCACGUAUAUCGUGGACUGUUUCCGUAGACGAAGUGCUUCCGUCACAGGUAAUCGUCAUUGA